CAACACCGAUGAGACAUUUACAAUUUUACGCGAAAGUGUCGUGUGGCAAGUUUAUACAGAAGUUGAACAAGUUAAAAUAUUUACUGAAUUCUAAAAUAAAGAAUUAUCCCGAUGUCCGAACAUGUAUUGCCGGCCGAAGAGCCGAUACGCUUUAUAGCCCCGAUUAUUCAAGAUAAUCCUACAGGAUGGGGACCUUGUGAAAUGCCGGAGCAAUUUAGGGACAUGCCCUAUCAACCAUUCAGCAAAGGCGACCGACUAGGAAAGAUUAGUGACUGGACUAUGGUACAAGACAAAAAGUAUCAAAAUAAGUACGCUUCACAGUUUGGCCCUGGUUCUUCUUACGCUUACUUCCAUGAUGAGGAUGAGAGUACUUUCCAUUUGGUUGAUACAACCAGAGUUCAGAAGCCACCAUAUCAACGCGGGCGAGGCCGUGGUCAGAGAGGUCGUGGUGCCAGAGGCGCUCGCACACCUGGAGGCAUGACUACAUUGAACAAGCAACGAGAUCGCAAGCUUGGUAAGAGAUGGGGUCAGCGUGGUGCCCCAAUGAAGAUCCGAGAUGCAUCUGUCACUGUUAGACCCACAUGGGUCACAAUCGAGGAUAUGGACUUCCCUCGUCUUGCUAAGCUCUCGUUGCCAGGAAUUAAGGAAGGUGAAGAUAUUGUAUGCUCCGGUACACUGGAGUACUAUGACAAGGGAUAUGAUCGUGUUAAUGUCAAACAUGAGAAGCCAUUGCAGCGUAUUGACCGUAUCUUCCAUACGGUGACAACUACAGAUGACCCAGUGAUCAGACGUCUCAGUAAGACUAUGGGGACGGUGUACGCGACCGACGCCAUAUUGGCAACUAUUAUGUGCUGCACGCGAUCCAACUACUCUUGGGAUAUUGUAAUCGAAAAAAUCGGUGAUAAGUUGUUCUUGGACAAGCGCGACAACACUGAGUUCGAUUUGCUGACUGUGAACGAGACUUCAAUAGAGCCGCCCGCGGACGAUGGCAACUCUAUCAACUCUCCUCGCAACCUCGCUUUGGAAGCUACAUUCAUUAACCACAACUUCAGCCAACAGGUGUUGAAAUCUGGAGCUACUGAGGCAAAGUACAAGUUCCCGGAGGCCAAUCCGUUUGUAUCAGAGGAGGAGGAGGGCGAAGUCGCCUCCGUCGGCUACCGCUACCGCAAGUGGAACUUGAAUAAUGGUGUUGUGCUGAUAGCGCGGUGCGAGCACGACGCGGUGCUGCAGGGCCCGCAGAACGAGUUCGCGGCGCAGAUCAACCUCUCCAUGGACAACGCCUGGGGCAUACUGCGCUGCAUCAUCGACAUCUGCAUGAAGCAGAAGGACGGUAAAUACUUGAUAAUGAAGGACCCCAACAAGCCGCUGAUCCGUCUGUACGACAUCCCGGACAACACGUUCGAGUCGGACGCGUCCGAGGAGAGCGGCGACGAGCCCGCCGACACGCCCUUCGCGCCGCUCUACGCGUACGGCUCCAACAAGCGGAUCUAGACCUCUUUUGUAUAUCGUCUAAACUAUAUGUAUUACAAAUUUGUAUUCAGAAUAAAGAUUUUCGGUCACACA